GCGAAGGAAAGCUUAGUCUGUGUCAGUGGAGGCGGACUCUUACCCUGAACUAAACUAAACCCACUACACGGCCGGCUGGAAGUUCUGGCUACUUGCGUGGACAACUUUUUUUUUAAUCUGUAUGAAUCGCAUCAAAAUGGAUGGCAGCAGUAGACCGCUUGUUUUGACCGGGCAUACCCCCUCACCGCUCCCGGUCGGCGGCUUGCAGGUGCCACCCUCUCUCCUGCGUCCACCGCCUCUGUUUCUGCGAGCGGCCACAGCCGCCGCCUGCUGCCCGUCCCUGGAGAGGGGGUAUCCCCGCACCCCGAAGUGCGCCAGAUGCCGCAACCACGGCGUGGUGUCCGCUCUGAAGGGUCACAAGCGCUUCUGUCGCUGGCGGGACUGCGUGUGCGCAAAGUGCACGCUGAUCGCGGAGAGGCAGAGGGUGAUGGCCGCGCAGGUUGCGCUGCGAAGGCAACAGGCUCAGGAGGAGAGCGAGGCCCGAGAACUGCAGUUCAUGUAUUCGGGGACUGGGGCGAGUGAGCCUGGACUGUCCAUGGCAUCAGGAAGGGGAGCAUCAGGGUCGGCCACUACAAGACCAAGAAGCCCGAGCUACGAUGUAUUUGCUGCGAAUGACCAGAAAGAUGGAGAAAAGAUACCGAAAUACAGCAUUUUCAACGGAUUCGUGGGACGUCCUCUAUUUGCGCCCCACUCCAUUCCGCUGUCGUCUCAGUUGGGGAGAGCUGACUCCACAUCUCCCCAGGCGAAGACGCGUACGGUUUUGGAUAAAGAAAACGGCGUCAAGUCACCCGGUUCCGAUCAACUGUCUGAUCAAAUGGAAAGUCCAAGAUCGAUGUCAUCCUCGGACCUGGAAUCUGGCAGCGAAUCGGAAAAGCCAAAGGAUUAUUUGUCAUCUGACCAAUAUCUGACCGGCUCUUCGUUCAGGCAACGUGACCCCACUGAUGUCAUGACGAAAAUAUUUCCUCACCACAAACGGGACGCUCUCGAUUCAGUGGUGAAAAACUGCAAAGGCGAUAUCGUGAAAGCAAUCGAACUGGUACUAAAUUCAAAAGACAACAAAUGCACCUCGGACAGCACGAGUAACAACCCAGCAUCCGAGCAUUCAAAUCUCCAGAGACCGUCUAACUUCGGGCUUCCAGGAGGCGCGCUGGGCACACUCAGCGCCAAGUCCGCAUUUUCCCCCCUGCAAGCUACAGUGACUUCGGUUGGAAGCGACAACAUCUACGGAUUGAAUCCCCGAUUCGGAAUCAGCCCUAUCCGCUUGGCGUAUUCGGCCGCUGGCGGGGGCAUUCCUAGCUUUAUGUCGCCUUAUGUGACAUCCGGGUUGGUGCCAGCAUUUCCACUUCGCCCUCCGAUGGACUAUUCCUUGCCCGGAAUGAUGCGAGAUUUCUCCUACCUCCAGAACAAAGACUCGUUGUGUAGUUCUACCAUCUAUUCUCGUUUAAAUCAUGACAAAUAAUAGCAAAUCAACCUAUUACCGGUUUCUUCAGAUGUUUGGAUUAAUGGACCAUACAUACCGGUAUUUGUUUUAUACACACAAAUAAUAGCCUGUGCCUUAUCGAUUUCUCACCCAAAUGUUCCUCCCUGAUAGUGUCCCAAUUUAUGAGGACAAGUUGUGUACUUAGGGACAUUUGGAUGUCAAACAGGAGCCUUCUUACAAGUGUGUUUUAUAUUUUGUGUCAUUUUUUAGUUUCAGUAGUCUAUAUUUUUAUUGAUGUAUAUUUUGUUACAAAGAUACUAAUUUCAUAAAUAAAAAUGCAACAAUUCAAAA